CUUUUGUUUAUAACAGAUGAUGAUGUACCUGCAGAUAUGGUUGCUGAAGAAUCAGGUCCUGGUGCACAAAAUAGCCCGUACCAACUUCGUAGAAAAACUCUUUUGCCAAAAAGAACAGCGUGUCCUACAAAGAGCAGUAUGGAGGGUGCCUCAACUUCAACUACAGAAAACUUUGGUCAUCGUGCAAAACGUGCAAGAGUAUCUGGAAAAUCACAAGAUCUAUCUGCAGCACCUGCUGAACAGUAUCUUCAGGAGAAACUGCCAGAUGAAGUGGUUCUAAAAAUCUUCUCUUACUUGCUGGAACAGGAUCUUUGUAGAGCAGCUUGUGUGUGUAAACGUUUCAGUGAGCUUGCUAAUGAUCCAAUUCUGUGGAAACGAUUAUACAUGGAAGUUUUUGAAUAUACUCGCCCUAUGAUGCAUCCCGAACCUGGCAAAUUCUACCAGAUUAAUCCGGAAGAAUAUGAACAUCCAAAUCCUUGGAAAGAGAGUUUCCAGCAGUUGUAUAAAGGUGCACAUGUAAAGCCAGGAUUUGCUGAACAUUUCUACAGUAAUCCUGCGAGAUAUAAAGGAAGAGAAAAUAUGUUGUAUUAUGAUACAAUUGAAGAUGCCCUUGGUGGGGUACAAGAAGCUCAUUUUGAUGGACUUAUCUUUGUUCAUUCUGGAAUAUACACUGAUGAAUGGAUAUAUAUUGAAUCUCCAAUAACCAUGAUUGGAGCAGCACCUGGAAAAGUAGCAGACAAAGUUAUAAUUGAAAACACUAGAGAUUCAACCUUCGUCUUUAUGGAAGGUUCUGAGGAUGCUUAUGUUGGAUAUAUGACAAUAAGGUUUAACCCUGAUGACAAAUCUGCUCAACACCAUAAUGCACACCACUGCUUAGAGAUUACAGUAAAUUGUAGCCCUAUUAUCGAUCACUGUAUCAUUCGAAGUACAUGUACAGUUGGCUCAGCAGUAUGUGUUAGUGGUCAAGGAGCAUGUCCCACUAUCAAACACUGUAAUAUCAGUGACUGUGAAAAUGUUGGACUUUAUAUAACAGAUCAUGCACAGGGAAUAUAUGAGGAUAAUGAAAUUUCCAAUAAUGCUUUAGCUGGGAUUUGGGUUAAAAAUCAUGGAAACCCAAUUAUUAGACGGAAUCAUAUCCAUCAUGGACGUGAUGUUGGUGUGUUCACAUUUGAUCAUGGCAUGGGUUACUUUGAAAGUUGCAACAUACACAGAAACAGAAUAGCAGGCUUUGAAGUAAAAGCCUAUGCUAACCCCACAGUGGUUCGAUGUGAGAUUCAUCAUGGGCAGACUGGAGGAAUAUAUGUGCAUGAAAAAGGAAGAGGACAAUUCAUAGAGAAUAAAAUCUAUGCAAACAACUUUGCAGGUGUAUGGAUUACCUCAAAUAGUGACCCAACAAUAAGGGGGAAUUCUAUCUUUAAUGGAAAUCAAGGGGGAGUUUACAUCUUUGGUGAUGGACGAGGCCUUAUUGAAGGAAAUGACAUUUAUGGCAAUGCACUAGCGGGAAUUCAGAUUAGGACAAACAGUUGUCCAAUUGUUCGACAUAACAAAAUUCAUGAUGGCCAGCAUGGUGGAAUUUAUGUGCAUGAGAAAGGACAAGGCGUAAUAGAAGAGAAUGAAGUUUAUAGUAAUACUCUGGCUGGGGUCUGGGUGACAACUGGCAGCACUCCAGUCCUGAGAAGAAACAGGAUACAUAGUGGGAAGCAGGUUGGUGUUUAUUUUUAUGACAACGGACAUGGAGUGCUAGAGGACAAUGAUAUCUAUAAUCAUAUGUAUUCAGGGGUUCAGAUAAGGACUGGAAGCAACCCCAAGAUUAGACGCAACAAAAUCUGGGGAGGACAGAAUGGUGGAAUUCUUGUUUAUAAUUCUGGUCUAGGCUGUAUAGAAGACAAUGAAAUAUUUGAUAAUGCAAUGGCUGGAGUCUGGAUUAAGACGGACAGUAAUCCUACACUAAGAAGAAAUAAAAUCCAUGAUGGAAGAGAUGGUGGCAUCUGUAUAUUUAAUGGGGGUCGAGGUCUCCUUGAAGAAAAUGAUAUUUUCAGGAAUGCUCAAGCAGGUGUUCUCAUCAGCACUAAUAGUCAUCCAGUCUUAAGGAAAAACAGAAUAUUUGAUGGGUUUGCUGCAGGUAUUGAAAUUACAAAUCAUGCAACUGCAACACUAGAAGGCAAUCAGAUUUUUAAUAACCGGUUUGGAGGCUUAUUUUUAGCAUCUGGUGUUAAUGUGACAAUGAAAGAUAACAAAAUAAUGAACAAUCAAGAUGCCAUAGAAAAGGCUGUUAGUAGAGGCCAAUGUUUAUAUAAAAUAUCAAGUUAUACCAGUUAUCCCAUGCAUGAUUUCUACAGAUGUCACACUUGUAACACCACAGAUCGAAAUGCCAUAUGUGUGAACUGCAUUAAGAAGUGCCAUCAGGGACAUGAUGUAGAAUUUAUUAGACACGAUAGGUUUUUCUGUGACUGUGGUGCUGGAACACUGUCUAAUCCUUGUACAUUAGCUGGUGAGCCUACACAUGAUACAGAUACACUAUAUGACUCUGCUCCACCUAUAGAAUCUAAUACAUUGCAGCACAACUGAAUUCCUUCCCUAAAGAAAAAGUCCUGCCAUUCUAACAUCAUAACUUAAAACUUUUUUUUGGAAGAAGAUUUAAAAUAUUUGCCCAUGCUACAGGAAGAGACUGUAUUAAAAAUGGAUACACGAGGUCAGUAGACACUAUGAAGCUCAAGCUACCAAAAAGAAAGUGGCAAUAUAUUGACUCAGGAUCUCAAAGCUGGGUGUUUUAGCAUUACUGUGUAAAGACUUUUGAAGGGACAGAAGUGAAGAAAUAAGCUGCAAUUUUGUACAGAUACCAACUUCUGAAAAAAAGCUGGUGUUUUUACAACUAGCAUUGAAUGCAGUCCAAUUUGCAGUAGUACUCUUCAAUAGACAAGCAGCUUUGUUGCUGCCUUUAUGGACAUGGGUACCAAUUGCUUUUGUAAUAUGGUAAAAAUGUGAGCUAGCACUUCUGCGUUUCUUUUGAUUUUUUUUAACAUGUAUUCAGAUUGAGAAAUAUGAUUUUAAUGCUUUAAUCUCAUGUAGUUUGUUUUUAAUUUCAAGCAAAUCUUCUUGUACUUGAAUGUGCCCUGUUUUGUUAGCACACCUAGACUUGCUGUAACUGUACUCAUGUCCCAGUAUGUACGUUCUUUCUAUGAAAGAGAAAACACUAAUCUUAAAUUAUAUCCAGCAAUGUUUCUGGUAUCCUUUAAGAAAAGUUAAGACUAUUAUUUCCUUCCCUUCCCUGUGCAGCAUUCAAAAUCACCCCUAGAAAAAGUGAGUGUUUUAAUGAGACUUCCUAGGAAGGGAUGCACUGUAAAACAAAAGUAUUCUUGUAACUCAGUUUUGUGAAAGGUAAAAACUACUAUGUUUUAAAGUACACUUUAGAAAGUCUCUUCAAAACAGUCCUGUAUUUGAACUCUGUUCAUAGUUUUUUUUUGAACAGUUUAGACAAACUGCUGGAAAUUAAAAACAUUUCCUGCAUUAAGCUGAGACAAGUAUAUAUACAGCCCUAUACAGUUUCAUAGCUUCCCCCCCCCAUUUAUGUGUAUUGGUGACAGUGGGUAUAAACAGCCUGAAAGUGUAUGCAUGUACCAUAACAUCUAGACUUAAUAUAUUGUGGAGUAUUCAAUAACCAUUAUGUAGAAGGUAGAUAAGAAUUAAAAGGGUUUAAUUUCCUAGAAAGAAAAUGGAAAAAUGGUCAUUUUUAAAAAAUAAAGUUUAUUAGAUCAUAA